CGCACGCGGAGCUAUGGCUGCAGCAGCAGCGGCAGCAGCCCUGGAUUGUGUUUACGACGUAGAGCACGAGGGCGGCAUAACCUCGGGAGAUAAAGACACCGCGCGCACCCGACAUUUAAACGCACAAUCAUUCGGUGUCUGAGCCCGCGAGGCUUCUCGUUACAUCAGUCCGUUUGACGUCUCCUUCCCUCCGCGAGGUUCAGGCGCUGUCUUCCGUUCGUCGUUGUGGAGCGCAGCUGCAAGGGAAGGCGAGCAGCCUCCAGAUGAGGAGCGCCAGCGGACCUGGAAACCUCUUCAUCUUUAUCGCAAAAACAUCACGCACGCGACGCCAGUGCGCUUUAACUGGAUUCUAGAACGACCUGAUAAAACCCGUUCAGCCCCCGUGAAGGAGCACGGCACGUAUCUAAAGGGGAACCCGAGAAUCUCCCUCCAUCCCACCCCGUCUUUCCCUCCCUCUCACCCCUCUCUUUUUCUGCCUCCGUCACCCCAUCACAUGCCAGAGCUGUAGGGGGGUCUCAUCUAGUUAGGGACCAGGGGGGAGGAGGGAGGCUGUUCGUGGUCGCGGUGGACGCACCCUCCGCGGCAAGGCUGGGCUGAAGCGCCGCUGUGUCGGAGGAUGCUGCGGGAGUAGAGCGGCUCAGAGCGGAAGAUGGGGAAGGACCAGGAACUGCUGCAGGCGGUGAAGACCGAGGACCUGCUCACCGUGCAGAAGCUGCUGCAAAGGCCUCGGCCAGGGAAAGCAAAGCUCCUCGGUUCUGCAAAGAAAGUGAAUGUCAACUUCCAGGAUACAGAUGGGUUUUCUCCGCUGCACCACGCCUCACUCAAUGGGAACCUGGAGCUUAUCACUCUGCUGCUGGAGUCACAGGCUGCUGUGGACAUCAGAGACCAGAAAGGUAUGCGGCCGCUGCACUACGCUGCCUGGCAGGGGAAGGCGGAACCUAUGAAGAUGCUGCUGAAGUCUGGGUCAUCUGUCAAUGGCCAAUCAGAUGAAGGACAGAUUCCUCUCCACCUGGCAGCGCAACACGGCCACUAUGACGUAUCGGAGAUGCUCCUGCAGCACCAGUCCAACCCCUGUAUUGUGGAUAAUGCAGGGAAAACGCCCCUGGACCUGGCCUGUGAGUUUGGCAGAGUUGGGGUGGUCCAGUUAUUGCUGUCCAGUAACAUGUGUGCUGCAUUAUUGGAGCCCAAAAAAGGAGACACCCAUGACCCCAACGGGACAUCUCCUCUCCACCUGGCCGCCAAGAACGGACACAUAGACAUCAUCAGACUGCUGAUUCAGGCAGGCAUCGACAUCAACAGACAGACCAAAGCAGGCACUGCCCUGCAUGAAGCUGCCCUGUGUGGAAAAACUGAGGCAGUGAGACUCCUGCUGGAGAGUGGGAUCAAUGCCACAGUAAGGAACACCUACAGCCAAACUGCCCUGGACAUCGUCUACCAGUUCACUGCAACUCAAGCCAGUAAAGAGAUCAAACAGCUGCUAAGAGAUGCAUCAGCCGCCCUUCAGGUUCGUGCUCUUAAGGAUUACUGCAACAACUAUGACCUGACCAGUCUCAACAUCAAAGCAGGAGACGUUAUUACGGUCUUGGAGCAGCAUCCGGAUGGACGCUGGAAAGGCUGUAUCCAUGACAACCGAACAGGAAAUGACCGAGUGGGCUACUUCCCUUCCACCAUGGUUGAAGUCAUCAGCAAACGUACAGGUUUGGCCAGCACAGUCAUUUGCACUCAACAGUUUCAAAAGAUACCGCUGGUUCCUCCGGCGACGGUUGCCCCUGCCAACGCGGUAGUCAACGGCAACGACACCACGUUCCAUCAGAUCCAUAUCCUGCCUCCACCGCCUCCUCCUCCACCACAUUCCCAUCAGCCACUGCUUCCACUUUUCACUUCCUUUGGCUAUAACAAGUCGCCCGUGACAAGCCCACUGGGAGACACACCCACUGCCCCAGGUUGUCGCGGCUCAGAGGCAAGUCCUCACAGCUCUCCCUCCCCAUCCAGCGGGCCCCAUGGAGGCUCCAACGAAGAGAUCUGGGUACUGCGCAAGCCCGUGGCAGGUGGAGAUCGCAGUAGUGUGGGUAGCUCUGGCAGUGUCACCAGUGUGAGGUCAUCAGGCAGCGGUCAGAGUGCCGGCAGUGCUGCACACAUCCUCCACGCACAGGCCGAAGGGGUUAAGCUUCUAGCCACAGUCUUGUCCCAGUCUGCUAAAGCCAAGGAACAUCUGAUGGAGUCCAAGUCUGUGGAUCAGCCUGCAGCAGGUUCUGCCAGCUCCUCUCGGACAUCCAGCCAAUCAGGCUGUCCUCUUCACGAGGCGCCACCUUAUGAUGCCACGGCAAGCAGGAAGGGGGAGGGGCCAGGCGAGGGGAAGAGCUCAGAGGCCGUUGUCCAAUGGCUGAGCGACUUUCAGCUGCAGGUCUACGCUCCAAACUUCCUGGGUGCUGGGUAUGACUUGCCCACCAUUAGCCGAAUGACCCCUGAGGAUCUGACAGCUAUUGGAAUAACUAAACCAGGUCACAGAAAGAAGAUGACAUCAGAGAUUAACAAGCUCAGUGUCAAUGAGUGGCUACCUGAGCAGAAACCUGCUAAUCUCGAGGAGUGGCUAACUGCUAUUGGUCUAAGUCAGUACCACCAGGUGUUAGUGCAGAACGGCUACGAGAAUAUUGAAUUCAUCACUGACAUCACCUGGGAGGACCUGCAGGAAAUAGGAAUCACCAAACUAGGCCACCAGAAGAAGCUGAUGUUAGCAGUUAAACGACUGGCUGAAAUGCAGCGCACUUCUGAUGGGCGGGGCUCCCUUCGAAAGAAGCCUCCGCCAAUCACACAGCAGCAGGAAGUCAUGUCAAUGGAUGGCCCUCCUCCAGAUGAGGUCAUGUCUCCAAAGAUGGGCACCUUCCAAGAUAGCGAAUUAAGCAAAGAACUACAGACUGCCAUGACCCAACCGGGACAAGAGGUCUGCAAAGCACAGCGAUCUCGCACCCUCAGUAAAGACCAUGAUGAGGUGAUAACAGGAGGGACAGGUGGAGGAGGGGGCGGUGCUGGGCCACCUAAGAAGGAGGCACGGACUAUGAGGCAGCAGAGCAGCCAAGGCAGCACCUCUUCUCACAGAGGCAGUGUGUCCUCGCAGGGCAAACACCGUCACUCCCACUCCCAGCCUGCACCUCCCUACACACCCCCCCAUACUCCAACAAAGACUAGAACCUCCUCUUCCUCCUCCAGCUCCUCCGUCCAGAGCACAGCUUCCCCACAAGCCAAACACAAGCCGUCCACCCAGUACAUCCAAGGGGAGAGACCUCAGUCACCACGCUCUCACCCACCUCAAUCUCCGACUCACCGUGGAGCUCCAUGUCCCCAGCCUCAGCCCCAGCAACCACAGCAGCCGCAAGUUCAACAGGCACCUCCUCAGCACCAUCCACACGCACAGGUCAUGGAGGUGGGUGAGACCCAACAAUCCCAGGUUCCACUUCUCUGCCUCCCACCAGAGGCUGAGCUAGUUGAAGGGGAAGGAGCCGAGCCUUCAGCACUGCAGAAAAAACGAGCUCACAGCCUCAACCGAUACGCUGUCUCAGAUGGCGAGUGUGAUGAGAAGGCAGGUGGAGGUGGAGAAGGAGGAACAGAGGUGGUAGGAGUUCAGGCCCCUGCGGUGGUCAGAGGGGAAGGAGUUAAAUAUGCAACAGUGACCCAUCGUGUCAGCCGCAGCCACUCUGUCCGCAACCAGGACACCAAAACGGUCGGCCGCAACCACACGCAGUCCUUUGCUCUGCGGCAGAAGAAAAAAGGCCCACCACCACCUCCUCCCAAACGCUCUAGCUCUGCCAUUUCCAGCUCCAACUCCAACCUGACUGAUGCCAGUGCACAGCAGAACACUCACACCACCACAGGAGGGAUGCUGGACGUGCCUUACAACAACCAGCAGCGGAGGGCCAGUGACCUGGGAGUGUCUGUGGAGACUGGGCUUGUGGAGACAAGCAGUGUAGGUAGUGUAAGGAGCAUCGCCGCCAUGUUGGAGAUGUCUUCUAUUGGGGGAGGAGCCAAAGGAAUGGCAUUGCAAAAGAAUUUCCUGCAGGUGGGAAAAACACGUGAUGCCAUUGGUCUAGACGGUGAAGUGGUGAACCGCCGAAGGACCAUCAGUGGUCCUGUCAGUGAGCUUGUUGCAGCUGCCAGACGUGACCAGCCAACUCCAACUGCUUUACCCUCUCCCCAACCCCAGCCUGAGCAAUCCCCUGUCCUAGUAAAUUCCUCCUCACCAAACCCUCUGUCCUCACCACACCCCAGCUCUGGUGGAAGUGGCAGUUCAUCAGAGAACCUCCCGUUUGCAGAUGAGGGAAAUUUGACAAUCCGCCGUCAGGGUCGAGGAGAAGGAGAAGGACAGUGUGUAUUUUGUGUAUGUCUGCAGGGCGACGGCGAGGGUCCUCAGGGAGAUGGAGGUUACCCGCAGGAAGAAGUUUCCAGGACCGAGUCCACAGCAACCUUAAAGAGACGACCACGCAGCUCAACACCCCAUCCCAACGGGUCUGACUUCACCCUCCAGGAGUCAUCAACUGUCAAACGACGGCCCAAGAGCCGGGACAAGGAGCCUGAAGGCUACACCGAUGUGUCUGCUCAUAAUGGAGAGCCUGUGAGCACUGGGCAGCCGAACACCACACAGCCAGUGUCCUACCAGAAUGAAACAGGCACGGUGAAACGCCGCCCAGUGUCUGAUGCUGGAGUGACGGAGCAGCCUCAGCCUCAACCUCAACCUCAACCCCAACCUCAACCUCAACCCCAACAUGAACCUCAACCACAAGUGACUGCUGGUCUUCACAGGAACAGUGCAGAUCAAGGAGCUCCAGUGGGCAAUGAAGGUGCCCCAGUGAGAAAACCAAAGCCUCCAGUGUCCCCAAAGCCUAUCAUGGCACAAAUCAAGAGACAGGGAGGCCCACAGACCCCUCCUCAGCCUGUAUCAAACAAGAGAGUCCCCCUUCCUGGACCUGGGACGCCUGGAAGCCCAGGAGAAGGAAAGAAGAUUCCUCCACCUGUCUCACCCAAACCUGCGCCCCCACCUAUGGCACCCAAACCCGCCAAGCUAAUACACUCAAUGACGAGCCCUCCUUCCCCAACACCGGCUCCAGCUCCUGCCCCUAUGAAGCACUCUGUUGUGGCCAGACAGACCAGCUCCCCCCCUUGUUUCCCGCCUUCCAACAUCCCAAGUCUGCCAAACGCCAAACCAUUGAGCCCGUCUCCCCAGAGUCCACAUACCCCGCAGACUCCAACUACACCACAGACACCACAGACUCCUGCUACUCCCAGCCCGACCCCACCACCUGUCAAGCCUCCCCGCUCUUCCAUUGGGGGUGUGUCAGUGGACAGUGGAAUGACGGGGAAUGCGGUCACACAGCCAGCCCCUGCAACAACGGACUUCAGUGUGGAUUCUUUGGUGCAUCAGAAACUGGAGGAGACAAGCGCGUCACUGGCUGCAGCUCUGCAGGCUGUGGAGGAUAAGAUUCUACGGCAGGAGGACUCUGUGGCUGAGCAAAAGACCACGGUUAGCAUCCUCGACGACAUCGGCAGCAUGUUCGAUGACCUGGCUGACCAGCUGGACGCCAUGUUGGAGUAACCAUGGGAACCAGUCAGCCUGUCUCCAUGGCAACUCUGCAUUAGCAGUGACUCAGAUGGCACAAUAAAGCAACAUGCCUCUCCAUCUUUCCCUCUAUCUCUUCACUCUCUUCAUUCCUCUCUCUCUCUGUCGUACGCGUCCUCCUGGUGUCCAUUCGUUGCUGCUUUUGAAACCUCUUUCCUCCUUCUCUUGCUCGAAUCUAUUGCCGCUCAUUAUGGAAAUGGUGAUGGAGAGGUGCUACAGGCCUGGACUGACAUGACUCGGAGAGACUGCAAGAAUGAAGACUGAAUAAUGAGAGAGAGACACUUGGAGAGAGAGGGUAAAAAAGCACCAAAAUGACUGAAGUGCAGAGAAAAUUUUAAAAAAUAAUCAUAAGAUGGAGAGAUGAAGAUAUUGAACAAAUAUGGAGGAGACUGCAAUCAAAACGUGGGUCUUUUUAGAAUUCCACAUACACUCCUGAAGCUAUUGUGACGAACAAUUAAUCUUAACUAAUACUGAUUGAAAAACCAACUGUGUAAUGAACCAUAGUAUGGUAUGUGUACAUUCUAAGCAUGGAGAGUUUAUAUCUACUGAAAAGUCCUGCAUUAGCACAGUAAUAUAUACUAUACCGAUAAAUAUGAAUCUCUAGCUCUUUGGUUUGAUGUCCUGGUUCUGUGUGGAAUGGUGACCUCUGGUGUUGUGACGAUGUAAAUGAAUUGGUGGAAAGAUUUUUAUCUGUGACCAAAACGAGACUAUUUAGCUCCUGGUGUGUGUGUGUUUGUGUGAGAGAGAGACGGAUGUUUGUAUUUGAGCUUGUGGAGUGUUGGAAUUUCAGGAUCAUACUUGGUUUCCUGCCCUGGCUGCUUCCAUUCAGUCUGCUGCAUUUACAUUAUAACCUUUAUCAAACACACAGACAUUCACACACACACGCUGAGGAGAAGCACAAUGACCCAUGCAGCCAGCUUGCACACGCAUUGGAACCUGCAUGGUAUCAAUUCAAUGAGAGAGGAGAAGGGAGGGAGAAAAGUGAAAUAAGGCUACAGCAGGUCGUCUGAAAGCAGAUGUUAGGUUUCAGAAAGUUUUGAAGAAUGAUAUCAGGAUGGAGAGGCAGGGUCACUUGAAAGCAAUGGAAGGAAGAGGUAAUGGAAGUUUCCAGGUUUUUUAGGAUAAGGUGCUUGGAAAAAUUGCCACCAGUAACAAAAUCCAGGUUUCCCGAACACAUUAGAAAAAUUUGGUUUGCUUUUGAUUGAGAAUUUUCAGAGAUCCUUUGACUCACUAUCUUGUUAUUUUUGGAUUUCUUUCCAAACACUAUUAAGUCGUGUUGUAGUUAAGACCACAGUAUCCAAGGCAAGGCCAAGACUUUUGGGGUUAAGGACCGAGUAGAGACUGAGACAAGACCAAGGCCAUAAAAAUAAAUUUUAAAAAUUGAUCACAAGGUGGAACACAAAAAGACCACAGCAGAAAUCUCAAACCUAAGCAAAUUUGUUCAAUUAACGAAAUUCAGUAACAAAAUACCCUAAAAUCUGAGCUUACCACCAUGAGUAAAGAGGAAGCUGUUUGUUUUUUUAGCAAGGGCUUAUCUUUAUUAUCACGAGUGAUGUUGAAAAAUAGCACAUCAGUGGUGGUCUUGACCAGUCUAGAUGGAAAAUCCAGAGUAUAGCCAGUCUGAGACUGACACAAGACCAGGUAAAAAUGCUCUGGAUUCCAAGACAAGACCAAGGCAUUCAAAACGUAGUCUCGAGACCGGUCUUGAGACCAAGGUCUUUCUUGGUUGCUACAACACUGCCGUUAAGUAUUUAAUUUGAUUUCUAAUUCAUAACCAUCAAUCUGUUUGCUACUGGUAUUUAAUCUUUAAUCAAAAAGUUUAAUGUUAUGGUGAAGAAAUCUUUAAAUGUACUAAUUUGCCUUUAAUAAGAAUUCUUUUAUUUAUAAUCUCACUACUGGUAGAAUAGUAGGUAAGUUUUAGAAGCCCGUCUACCUGCCUACCUGUCUGUUACCCAGUAGUGACAUCUUCCACACAUCAAAUCCAGCUCUCUCAUGGAUUUAUCCUGCAUCAUAAGUCAGAAAGUGCACUGUCAUGUGUUUGGGGAUGCAGCAUUGACAUUUUUACAGCUGGACACUGUCAAAAACAUGCUCACUGUUGCCUACCCAAGCUUUAAGAUGUCUCCCACUACAAACAUUUUUGACCAGAGUGGACUUUACAGUGUUGAACUAAUUGGGAUAAAUUUUAAGAGAUUUCUCUGGGGGUAAAAUCUCAGUCUGUCAGUCAGCAGCCUGCCUCACAGAAGUUACAGUUGAGACACGAAAUUUGACAAAAACAAUUCACAACUUCUUGAACACAAGAUGUAAGCGUAAGUGCAUUCCUUCUUUUAAGAAAACCAUUUCCUUUUAAUAACAAUGUGAAUGAAUCAGUGUCUGUUUUUUCCAGGCUAUAAAUUAUAAAAGCACUAAAACCCUUCCUGACACCUCCAUCAAAAAUUGUCCUCUUUCCUUCCCUAUUGCUCUCGUCCCACACUCUCCAUAACACCCACCCCUUGUUGCCAUGACAAUCUACAUCAUCACCUUCACCACCUUCAUUGGCAUCACUAUGGUAACUGCACAGUGUGUUGCCAUUUAAAGCUUGUUCUUAGGAUAGAGAGAAAACGUGCUUGGAGGAUCUGUAAAACUGGAUGGUUGGACUAAGUUCCUCCAGUUGAAAGAAAUUGCAACGUGGUGCAACACCACAUCCUGCAUUUGCACCUCAAUCCAUUCAGAAAUCAAGGUGUCACAGUCCCAGAGCAGCCAGCCUAUUAAUAUAAAUGAAUAAGGAUUCAGAGAAUAGUUCUGUUAUUUAAAUUAUGAUCACAUAGAGAUUAUAUAUAUGAAUAUUUGCAAAAAAAAGAAGUGUAUUUAUGAUGUGUGUAUCCUCAUGAAGACUAUUUUUCAAAGUAAACAGAUCUAAUCUGAGUGUUAAAUAAGUUUGCUUCUCAAUGCUUCAGUGGUCCAAGCUGAUGAAUCAUUGUAAGAUACCAUGUUGGGAUAUUUGCAGGAAGAGUUUCUUUUCUUUCUUUUUUGUGUACAUGUGUCCAGGUGUGGCGAUGUGUAUAAUAAAAACAAUUCUUUGUU